AUGAUAGAAGCAUUUAAUGCGAUAGAAAGAGCGACACAAAACAGUUGCCUAAAGAUUAAUGAAAUAAAAACCAAAUACAUCAAGGCCAGCAAAUCGAUAGGCCAAAAAAACCUACACAAUCUGACAGUAGGAGACUAUAACAUCGAAAGUGUGAAAAAUUUUACAUAUCUAGGUUCACUAGUUACCGCAGAUAACAAUGUCAUUGAAGAAAUUAAAAGAAGAAUAUAUAUUGCUAAUAAAACAUAUAUUGGACUAAUUAGACAUCUAAGAUCUAACAACAUCACAAGAAAAACCAAAUGCAAAAUCAAAACCCUGAUAAAACCGGUCCUUAUAUAUGAAUCAGGGACAUGGACACUGUCGAAAAGUGAUGAGAACCUAUUAGGUACGUUUGAAUGAAAAUUCCUUAGAUACAUAUACAAGAAGGUAAAAGAAAAUGACAUAUAACGCAGAAGAUAUAAUUUUAAACUAUACACAGCAU